AUGGUUCGAUGGGAGCUUUUAACGCCAGCAAGUGUCCCUGGGAUUUUACUGGGUUAUGUGCUGCGGAUAGAAAAAGCUGACGAUUCAGAUACAUCAAACUUCACAGUAUUUAAAAUCGACCCCUUAAUCAACCAAAAGAACGUGACAGAGUUAGAAGUUUAUACACUGUACAUUAUAUAUGUAGCGGGAUAUACACGGAAAGGAAAUGGUUCCUUUCGUGCGGCACAGAGUUGGACAGACGAGGGAGUGCCUCAAGGCCCUCCUAGCAACGUGACAGGAAGUCCUACUGGCACCAACAGCAUCAAACUUUCUUGGCUGCCAGUGUCGAAAGAACUUCAGAAGGGCAUAAUCCGAGGUUACCAGGUAAAGAUUUACGAUGACGAGGGAGAAUAUUUGCGAAAUUCUACAAUACUCAGCCGUAAUCUCUCCGCAUCUUUCACGGGCCUUUACCAAUAUUCCAACUACAGUCUGAAGGUUCGAGCCUUCACCAGGAAAGGAUUUGGUCCUUGGAGUUCAUUGAUCAAUGUUUCCAUCGGUGACCCAGCCCCCCAAAAGACUGCUACGGACGUAAAGGCUCUGGGUACGAGCGCCUCCACAAUUGACGUAACCUGGAGUCCAAUCUCUGGGUUAGAUGCGCAAUCUGUUCAAGGUUAUCGAGUUUUGCACUUCACCAGAGCUUCUCCGAGUCAAAGUAAGGUCACUGUUGUGGGCAGGAAGGACACUCAUGUCACUAUAACUGGCUUAAGUCCCUUUACUGCGUACGGGGUGCAAAUUGCAGCUUUUAGCAUAACAGACGGUAAUUACACACUGCCAGUUUACGCCCAAACGUGGGAAGGUGGUAAGUAUGGUUAA